UUGCUGCAAGGCCUAAAGUUUGUUUAUUUAUUUUGUUUUUCUUCAACUGCUCCACUUCGCUCACGCUUGUGAAACAUUGUCCUAAAAAGCAUGGAAAAACUUUUUCGCGAGUAUGGUUUUGAUAACGAUAGUUCAGUGGUCAGCAAUUUUAGUUUUACGAAGGUGAAAGAUAAAACAAGCCUUAAAAGGCGUAUCAAAGCUGCAAAGAAUCCGGAUUGUCACGAGGCCGGUCGUUUUGUACGCGCCCCACCUCCUCCACCCAAUGUAAAAGUAAAAUCGAAACCUUCCAAGCGGAAAGCAUCUGAAACUGUGGAACAGCUACGUCGUGAUUCAGAAUCGGUGAAGCCCACAAACCGAAAACGUAAGUUCCAGAGCGAUGUAUCGAAUGGCAUUACUGCACACAAACCGAAACCGACAGACUUUCGCGAAAAAUUGGUGGAUAGCCUGAAGGGCUCUCGUUUUCGAUUUAUCAAUGAACAGCUGUACCGCACAACCGGUGCCGAUGCCAAGCGACUAUUCCAGGAUGAUCCUAGCGCAUUCAAUGCCUAUCACGAAGGAUAUCGGCACCAGAUCGUGCAAUGGUCGGUUAAUCCACUGGAUCGGAUCAUCAAAAGUUUUGGUAAACUACCAGCUGAUCACGUCGUGGCAGACUUUGGAUGCGGCGAAGCGCGGCUAGCGGAAUCUAUUGAACAGAAAGUGUAUUCUCUGGAUUUAGUAGCUGCAAGCAGUAGCGUCAUUGCCUGUGAUAUGGCAAACACCCCACUGGAAUCAAACUCGAUCAACGUGGCGGUGUUCUGCCUUUCUCUGAUGGGAACAAAUUUACGCGACUUUCUGCUGGAAGCUAACCGAGUAUUAAAAGUUGGUGGCUUGCUGAAAAUAGCUGAAGUUUCGUCUCGGUUCGAAAACGUUAAAGAGUUUAUCGAUUGUGUGCAUAAAUGUGGAUUCUUGUUGGACAACAAAGAUUUGAACCAUAAGUUGUUCUAUUUCUUCAACUUCAAAAAAGUACGAUCCGUGGAUAAAGCAGCUCUCAAAGGUAAGCAUUUUAGUUUGAAACCUUGCCUUUAUAAGAAACGAUAAUUGGAAAACAGUAAAAAUAAAUA